CGCCACAAAUCCACAUCGCCGAAGCUGAAGUCACGUCAGCAAUGGAAGGAGGCGUGGAAGAAGCCUACGAGACGAAAAUCGUGGAAAUUCAUCAGGAAUUGUCCAUGAAAAGUAAGGAUGGGAUUAUUUUACCAUCCAAAGAUUACAGGCUAGCUUUAGAGCGGUUUGGAUACACAUUACAUGAGACUAUCGGAGAGGGAGCUUACGCUAAGGUAAAAAGAGCGUAUUGCAAAAAGAAAAAUGAAAAUCUUGCUGUGAAGAUUAUACAGAAGAGCAAAAUCCCAAAAGAAGCCAAGGAGAAGUUCCUUCCACGUGAAAUUGCCCUUCUUCAGAAACUAAGGCAUACGUCUCUGAUUGUCCUCCACGAGGUGUACGAGAGCCGAAGCAACAUGUACCUAGUAAUGGAAUACCUGCCCAAUGGCGACCUGCUAGACUACGUGAACAAGGUGGGGAGUCUGAGCGAGGCGGACGGCAGGCGUGUGUUCCACCAGUUGCUGGAUGUGGUCAGCUACCUGCACGGACAAUACGUGUAUCACAGGGACAUCAAGCUGGACAACAUCCUGCUGGACGACCAGUACAACAUCAGACUCACCGAUUUUGGGUUUGCCCGACUGAACCCGUACAGAGAUCUGAUGGAGACCUUCUGCGGGUCAUAUGCGUACGCCGCCCCCGAGAUUCUGGACGGGGAAAUGUAUGACGGUGGAAGGACGGACAUCUGGAGCUGUGGUGUUUGCCUCUAUGGGAUGCUGAAUGGGAAGCUGCCAUUCAACGACACCGAUGUCGACAUACUCAGGAGUUCCAUGGAGAAAAAACUCAAAUUCUACAAGCAGGUAUCUAAAGACUGUCGAGAACUGAUCCGCCAGAUCCUGGACACCAGCGCCAGAAGACGUCCCAGCAUCCCAGCCAUCAGGAAGAGUGUGUGGAUGUGUAAACCACUUGUCAACAAGGCUGAGCAGUCCAUGUCUGUUCUUUCCGUCAAAGCAGUGACGUCUAGAGUACCACACAUGGGCCUGAAUCCCACUGCAGAACAUGGCUUCUCCUGUGGACAGAACUCCAAGCCUCUCAAGACAAACAUGGUCACUGACAUCCUCCGAUCAGUUGCCGUUAACCACAGUACUGGGACAAGCAGUAUCAACCUGAAGGAUGUUCUCCCUGCCCAUAAGGCCUCCUCUACCGGGAUGCUACUCGGAGUGAUGGGCCCCGCUGGCCGCCGGAUCAACGGGCAGCUCAAUGGGCCUGCAGAAACCAGCCGUGCCCUAUCUCCCGGAAAGGCCACUUUCCAGUCCCUUGCACCCAUCUCAGAAAAUGGAACCACUGGAACUGCUAAUGCUGGAGGUGAUACGGCCAAAAAACCUGGCUUAGGUGGUGGAAUGGCCCGGUUCAAGAAGGCCGCAAAUGCUCUCAACCGCUUUAAAAUGGCAGUCCGAGUGGUGACAGCGAUGCGGAGGUUCAAGCGCGGCCCCAUCACCACCAUUCUCACCAUCCCCCAGGAACAAGCCAUGGCAAAGAUCAUCAACGUCAGAGAGAACCAAACAGUGCAGGAGGUGAAGGAGAUGCGUUUCACGCCAUCAGGCAAAGUGGCCAGUGUUCUUGGCAGCACGCGGCGCCAUGAGAGUGAAGUGAAACAGGAGACAGCCGAUGCUGCUGAUGCCGAGAGGAAGAAGAAGGAGGACAAGCUGAAGAUGUGGGGGGACACUUUUGCUCACCUUGUGCCAGAUACAUAAACACGUCCUAGACAUUUUGUUUUCCCUGAGCAGGUCCGUUUUUUGCAAGCUUUCAACACUGCAUACAACCAAAAUUGCUUUUGUGUUAAGUUCUCAUAUUCAUCAUGAAAAGAUUUGUUUUAUACAAAUAUGUUUAACAAAUUUCUGAUACACCUUUGUAUAAAUAGUGUCAGGUUAUCUUUUGAAUAUCCCCAGGUUUGUAAAUUUGUCAAUCAGUUUGAUGUGAACAUUGUCUUCAAUUUUGGGGAAAGAUUCAUGAUAAGAAUGAAAUUUCAACCAUUGAUCCUUAUUGUGAAUGAAUUGUUUAGGUUCAUUACUUUGUACUAAAUAUUUGUCAAAUUUGAUAUCCUUUUAUUAAAAAAUAUAUUAAUAUA